AUGGUUCUUGGCCCUUCCAGCAUCAUGGGUGGUGGUUCUUGGCCCUUCCGGCGUGGUGGGUGGUGGUUCUUGGCCCUUCCGGCGUGGUGGGUGAUGGUUCUUGGCCCUUCCGGCGUGGUGGGUGAUGGUUCUUGGCCCUUCCGGCGUGGUGGGUGGUGGUUCUUGGCCCUUCCAGCGUGGUGGGUGGUGGUUCUUGGCCCUUCCGGCGUGGUGGGUGAUGGUUCUUGGCCCUUCCGGCGUGGUGGGUGGUGGUUCUUGGCCCUUCCGGCGUGGUGGGUGAUGGUUCUUGGCCCUUCCGGCGUGGUGGGUGGUGGUUCUUGGCCCUUCCAGCGUGGUGGGUGGUGGUUCUUGGCCCUUCCAGUGUGGUGGGUGGUGGUUCUUGGCCCUUCCAGCGUGGUGGGUGGUGGUUCUUGGCCCUUCCGGUGUGGUGGGUGA